AUGGCUCCGGAAAAGUGUCAUCGAAAGAAAGUAAAUCAAGCAAAUGAAAAUAUUCGCAACGAUGAUAAGUUAUGCCGUGUUGCACUUCGCAUACCAAAUGCUGGUACAGCUGUAGAUUGUGAUCAGAAUGAAAAUUUUGUACCAAGUGUGCAAAAAGAUCUUGGGGGAGCUGGUGGUACUCAUGGCAUGGUUGAAUCCGAACCCGUGGAAUCAACAAGAAAAGAAUCGAAUAACAAAGCAGUCCUGGAUGAUUUAUCAAACAAAGAUAGUUGUGUUGAUUUGAUUGGCGGAUUUACAAAUGCGACGGAUAAUCCGUACACAAAGGACUUCUCAGCAGUUGAAAAUGCAGUGGAUGAUAUGACAGGAAUGAAUGAUGAAAAAUCUGUUGUAAAUACUGAAGCCGAAACAUUGAAGGUCAUGGAAACUCUGAACAUUGAUUCCUGCACCUUGGCAAAGUUAACGAAAAGAACGGCGACGGCGACAGCAACAGCACGAUUGAUUAUGCGGUUCAAAUAUCCGGAUCCUCCUAUGGGUUUUAAAUUAUCGGAUGUCGAUAAGACAUUUGCUGAUGCUGUUGUCGUUUUCUCAAUGCAUUGUCAUCCGAAUGAUAAAUCAACACGAUCAAGUGUAAGGCGAGCCAUGGUGAACUAUUUUGCUUUAAAUUCCCACAAAAAGCGACGCAAACAGGCAGCUUUGAAUCCUCACGCUGAUCAACAAUGA